AUGGUUGCUCCGGAUAGCAUUCGCAAGAAGCUUGUAAUUGUGGGAGAUGGUGCCUGCGGUAAGACCUGUCUUUUGAUUGUGUUCUCCAAGGGUACAUUCCCCGAAGUGUACGUGCCCACCGUGUUCGAUAACUACGUGAGCGACGUGAUGGUUGACGGAAAGCGUGUAGCCCUCGCGCUCUGGGAUACUGCUGGUCAGGAGGACUACGAUCGUCUGCGGCCACUGUCUUACCCCGACACGAACGUCCUGUUGGUGUGCUUUGCCAUCGACCAGCCCGACUCACUAGACAACGUCAAAGAGAAGUGGUACGCCGAGGUCCUGCAUUACUGCCCCGGUGUCCCCAUUAUUCUUGUCGGCUGCAAGGCCGAUCUGCGCGACGACGAGAACGUCCAGAAUGCUCUGCGCCGUACCUCCCAAAGCCCUGUGACCUCCGCAGAGGGCGAAGCGGUGGCGCAAAAAAUCGGCGCUAUCAAGUACCUGGAGUGCUCCGCUCGCACUGGCCAGGGUGUGCGCGAAGUUUUUGAGGCCGCUACCCGGGCAGCAUUGAGUACCAAGCCCAAGAAACGCAGCAAGAGUAAGAAGGAGAAGGAUCCCUCUGAAAAGAAACGAAAAUGCGUUAUUCUGUAG